CAUCCAAGAGGCCGUUUCUGUAAAUUCUAGGGCUACUACUAUUUCCAAACGUGUGCGCUCAAUAUUCAAUCCUCGUCUCUGUCGUCUCCCUCACUCGCUGGCGGCGCUCCGUUUCCCCAAAUCUCACGCAAUCCCCUUCUCGCCGGCGGUUUCGGAUUACGCUUUAUACUCCGGUUGCCGGUCGUUGAUCCAGAACACAGAUAUACUCCCUAUAUAUAGUUUAGAAAACCUCUCGUCCCCGAUCCGAGCAAUUUCCAAUGUCGAUGCCGAAGGCUCUGUUUAAGCCCAACCGCAGUCGCGAUGCUCGCUACUCGAUUCGUCGUCGCGCCGGCGGAGGUAGCUUUCUCAUGGACAGGGCGAGGGGCAGUAGCACGAGCGGGGUGAGUCGAUUCCUGCGCCGGCGACGGCAGCUGCCGGCCCUCCGUGACGACCGGAUGAGCGACCUCUCCGACGAUCUGCUCCUCCUCGUCCUCCGCCGCCUCGACACCCGCACGGCGCUCGGCGCCGGGUUGAUCUCCAGACGCUGGGCGCACCUGCCCCGCCAGCUCCCCGCCUUGGACUUCAGGGUUAGCGACAUACUCCCGCCGCGCUACCACCGAUGGGUCCUCCUCCACCGCGACAUCUACAGCAGACGCCAGCCCAUGAGCCUGGAGCUCGUGCCUAACAUCAAGAGGUACGAGCGCCGUGCCAUGCGCGCCCUGAACAGCUCCGUCCAGGGCUUCUUGGAAGGAGCUCGACCUCGCUGCGGCGUCAAGAGACUGAACCUCGAGUUCUUCGCCACCGGUAACGGCUACGGCUGCUGCAUCAAUCGGCUCAUCGCGGAGGCCAUUGAUGCUUGGGGCGUCGACGACCUCGAGGCCAUCGCCAAGCCACUGUACAAGCAACAAGACCUCGUCCACGCCUUUCCGAGCCAUGGCCUGUGCAAGGAGCCCCGUGCGUCACGCCUGCAAAGCCUCAAGCUUGGAGGCUGCGUGCUCCCGCCUCUGCACGAGUACAGUUCACUUACCAUGCUCGUCCUGCGAGACAUACCGGAAUCCACGCCCCCGGCCGCCUACGAGGGUGUCUUCACCUCGUGCCCAAAGCUUUACACCCUGCACCUCAUCUCCUGUGGCUGCAGCAGCGACUCAGGCAUACGCUUGCCGGUGGUGGUGAACGCCCCCAGUUCAGAGAUCAGGGAACUUGUUGUGGACAGCUGCACAUUUCGGUGGAUACGGCUAAGGGCUCUCCCCUGUCUCGAGAGCCUAGCCUCCCUGGGAACCAGCAGAGUGUUCUUCGAGUAUACAUCAUUCCCCUCCAUGAGGCAAUGCAACUUCGCACUGCGCAUAGGUGUCACAAUGGAAGGCGCGCGUCAAUACUUUGCGCAUCAGCUGAAGCUGGAGCUUGACACGUUUCUUCGAUGCACACCAAAUAUAAUGAAUCUCAUUGUCCGGUUCACUGGUCCUGACAGAUGGAUCGUGCCGUCUAGCCCUCCCUUGUCAUAUUUGCCUAACCUGAGGCGGCUGCUGGUCGCGGAUGUUCCAUCUUCCUGGGAUGCCACAUGGCCUUGUCUUUUUCUUGAGAUGACACCUUCCCUGGAGAGCCUUCACAUCAACAUUGCCUCCUGCAAGGAGAAGCCCGGUGAAGAAAUUUCCUGGCAGCCCAGCAAGCUUGGGCUGCAUAACUUGAGGGAGUUUGUGGUUGCUGGUUUCCAGGGAACUAAAAGGCAGAUUUGCCUAGUCAAUCUCGUCGUGGGAGCAUGCACAGCGUUGCGCCAUGUUGCCAUGUUCAAGAACGGUCAUGCAAGGGGCAAGGGACUCUGGGACUGGGAGAUGGUUACCCAGCAACAAUCAUGGACGGACGAGGAGAAGGACUACACGCUGAAGCAAAUCAUGGAUGGGGUUUCUUCCUCUGCUGUUCAACUAGUUUUUGGCUGAAUUUUCUCACAUUUCUUACAGGCCUCUCAUUUAGUGCUCCUUAUCCUUCUAUUUAUUCAAUGUAAGUUAUGAUCUAUGACACAAGUAGUGUGUCUCUUCGUGCUUUCCUUUCCUGUUCCAGGCAGUGUGUUUAUUUUCCAAUAAACCUGAAUAAUUUGUGGCAUUAAGUUUUCCAUGUCCA